UCUCACAUACACCCUUUACUCUUUGUUUUAUAUAUAUAUUAUUCUCUUAUUAAAUAUAUACUGUUCACUUAAAGCUAAACCAACACACUCCCUCAUCUGCUGUCCUUUUGUGACAGUUAACAGCAUUGUCUGCAGACUUUUGAGGUAGUUAUAUAUACAUACAUGCAUACUAUGUAUGUAGUGUAUGUACUAUGAAAGAGGAUGCUGUUUAUGUUGUUGUUAUUGACUGAUCUGAACAAGUUUAAAGUUAGUUGAAUUGAGAGUUAAGUGUAUAUAUAUAUAUAUAGGUGCAGUUAUAGAUAUAUAUGAUGAAGGAAAGUGGCAGGAAACAAGGUGCAACUUCCCCUUGUGCUGCUUGCAAGCUGCUGAGGAGGAGAUGUGCCCAAGACUGUGUUUUUGCACCUUAUUUCCCUGCUGAUGAGCCCCAGAAGUUUGCCAGUGUGCAUAAGGUUUUUGGUGCUAGCAAUGUCAACAAGAUGCUGCAGGAGUUACCGGAGCAUCACCGUGGCGACGCCGUGAGCUCGAUGGUGUACGAGGCAAAUGCAAGGGUGAGGGAUCCAGUUUACGGCUGUGUAGGGGCGAUAUCAUCGUUGCAGCAACAAAUCGACAUGCUCCAAACGCAAUUGGCGAUGGCGCAGGCGGAGGUGGUGCACAUGAGGAUGCGGCAGUCGGUGUCUUCCGGUGGCGGCACCGCCACGAACUCGCCGGAGAACAUGGCUUCGCCGCCGACACCUUAUCAUCAUCACCACCAUCAUCAUCAAACCAGGUCCCAUUUUAGCAUGGACAUGGUGAUGGACCAGGCAACAUGGGGGAGUAGCCAUUGUGGUUAUGCUUAGUAGGCUAGUGGUUCGACCAACUAGCAUGCUUGCGGUGUCUUUUUUUUUUUUUUUUGGUCUAAUAUUUUGUUGGCUAUCAUUAUGCUCUCUUUUCUUUAUUGUCUGCCCAUCUUUCUUUGUCACUUUUGCUCACUAAACAUCUUUAUAGC